GAGAGGAAUACUCGCAGAGCCAGCAGGAAGCUGGGCAGCUCCUUCCCGGACGCUGGGGACCCUCCACCUCUCUCCAGAUGGAAAGGUGACAUGACCUGCGGUAGACCCCAGAAGUGAAGCCCCAGGAUGACAGAACCCGAGACCCUGGCCCUGCUGGAAGUGAAGGGGCCCGAGGCCCUGGAGAAGAGCCCACCCCAGGCUUUGGUCCCCAAUGGCCGGAAGCUGGAAGGGGAAGAUGGGGUUGAGUCCCCUGGAGCUGAGUCCUCCAGAGCGGGAUCUUCAGCUGGGUCUCCCACAGCCGGAGAGGGGACGGAGGAUGGUCUAGACAGCACAGUAAGUGAGGCUGCCACCUUGCCCUGGGGGACUGGCCCCCAGCCCAGUGCCCCGUUCUCAGAUCCCCCUGGCUGGAGGAACAUUGAGCCUGAGCCCCUUGAGUCAGAGCCACCCACCAAGCUAGAGGAGUUGCCCGAAGAUGACGCCAGCCUGCUGCCCGAGAAGGUGGCCCGGGCCUUCGUGCCCAUCGACCUACAGUGCAUUGAGCAGCGGCCCCAGGAAGACCUCAUUGUGUGCUGUGAGGCCAGUGAGGGUGAGCACCGCCAGACAUUCCUGCCCACCCGGGCCACCCACCCUGAGCCCCCGGAGCGCAAGUGGGCCGAGGCAGUGGUGAGGCCGCCUGGGUACUCCUGUGGGUGCUGCAGGGGAUGUGGAGGCCAUGAGGGGCUGUGGGCCAUGGCCUCGGUGGGAGCCGCCCUCAUCCUCUUCCCCUGCCUGCUCUAUGGGGCAUAUGCCUUCCUGCCCUUCGAUGCCCCGCGCCUGCCGACCAUGAGUUCCCGCCUCAUCUACACGCUGCGCUGCGGGGUCUUUGCCACCUUCCCCAUUGUACUGGGGAUCCUGGUGUACGGGCUGAGCCUGUUGUGCUUUUCUGCCCUGCGGCCCUUUGGGGAGCCAUGGCGGGAGGUGGAGAUCCACCGGCGAUAUGUGGCCCAGUCGGUCCAGCUCUUCAUCCUCUACUUCUUCAACCUGGCCGUGCUUUCCACCUACCUGCCCCAAGAUACCCUCAAACUGCUGCCUCUGCUCACUGGUCUCUUUGCCAUCUCCCGGCUGAUAUACUGGCUGACCUUUGCCGUGGGCCGCUCCUUCCGAGGCUUUGGCUACGGCCUGACAUUCCUGCCCCUGCUGUCCAUGCUGGUGUGGAACCUCUACUAUAUGUUCGUGGUGGAGCCCGAACGCAUGCUCACUGCCUCCGAGAGCCGCCUGGACUACCCUGACCACGCCCGCUCGGCCUCAGACCACAGGCCUCGCUCCUGGGGCUAAGCCGCCCCACCCCUUUGCUCCCAGCCCUGGUACCUGGGUGGGAUGAACCCACCUACUGCCCCGACAUGGGUCCCAUCCAAUCAGAGCCUGGACUGUCCCCUGCUCUCCGAGUUGGGGCACUCCCCUUCACCUUUGGAGCCUGGGACAAUUAGGCAGGAGGGACUCAGACAUUCUUUCAGGGAAA